GCAUUGAGAUUUGUGGCAUUGUAUUUGAUUCUUUCACCGUUUGACAAUGAACAAUCUGAUAUGAUUCAUAGAGUGAAGGAGGACAGACUGCUCAAUGAGAUGCCAAAAUACAAAGAGCUAUUAAAGCAGUUCACUACACAUGAAGUGAUUCAGUGGAAGCCAUUUUGUCAACAGUAUGAGUCCGAGUUGAAGCUUGGCUCAGCAGGAAAUCCACCCACUCAUGUAUUCAACACAAAGCUAGAGGGAGGAGCUAAAAGAUGGGUGGAUCUUAAAAAUAGAGUUGUUGAACAUAAUAUAAGGGUAAUGGCAAAAUACUACACAAGAAUACGUAUGAAGAGAAUGGGAGAGCUGUUAGACCUUACUGAAGCUGAGAUAGAAGAGUUUUUGUCAAACCUCGUUGUGAACAAGACGAUACAGGCAAAGAUUGACAGACUGGAGGGAAUUGUUAAUUUCACACAGCAGAAAGACCCCAAUGAUAUUCUCAAUGACUGGUCAUUUAAUAUAAACACUUUAAUGUCACUAGUUAAUAAGACCAAUCAUCUCAUUACAAAGGAAGAAAUGGUUCACAAAUUAGCCUAGUUCAUAAACUGGCAAAAUAUCACAAGUUUCUCUCUACAAGAUGAUUUUAUUUAACAUACCACAAGUGACAAGCUACAGUUAUUGAGUAUAGAAGACUUUAAUGUUUAUUUUUGUCCGAUGAAAAUGUCGGCAGUUAAAUUUCUAUGACAAAUGUGGAUUUUUGACUAAAUUGUUCACAUUUCAAGCUUCUUUAUAUAGCCACAAUCUUUGAAUACAAAGGCUUAUUGUGCAUAAGCUGACACCAGUCUUCUUCUAAUCUUAAAAGUUUAAAAUGAUUCAAGAGGUACAAAGUUAUUCUUUUUUUAUGCACUUUUCAUUUAAACUAAGUAACAGAGACAAAUAUUACUAAAACUCUCUUUAGAUAUGAUUGAUCGUAAGAAUUGUUCCGUUUCUGAUAGUUUUAUGAUAUGUUGUCAGUUAUAGGUAUACACCCUUUAAUUUAGUUAGUUGGGUAAUUCAAACUUGUGAAGAGUUGUCCUUAAUAUAUUUUUUACAGUUAAAGAAGUGAAAAUAAAUCAUAUUUUUCUCUUUGCUUAAAAAAAAUGUUUUUUUCUCUAUUGAAUCUAUAACAUGUGAAACAAUAUUCGUGUUCAGCUUGAACCCAUGUGAAAAAAAGUACUACAUUAUUGUGCUAUUUUAUUUUCAUAACUAGAUUUGAUACUUUAAAGAAUUUUGAAUAAAUUCUGAAACAAAACCUAUGUAUUUAUAUGUUGAAUUAUAAACGACUGUGACUAAGUGAUAAAAAUAUGCUAUUCAUGGAUGAUGAAAGAAUUUCUCAUGGCAUUAAUGCUUCACAUAAUUAUUUAAGUCAAUAAACAUUUUGAUACAAA